AUGCACUACUACCACCAAGGGCGCUGCGUGGCGGACUGCCCCCCGGGCACCUACAGGUUUGAGGGCUGGCGUUGCAUCAGCGCCAAACUUUGCUCCAAGGUCCAUCUCCCAGACUACGACACCUUCGUCAUCCACGGAGGGGAGUGCAUGCCCGAGUGCCCCUCUGGGUACACAAGAUCUACCCCAAACAGCAUGCACUGUACAGCCUGCGAUGGUCUGUGUGAUAAAGAGUGUGAGGGGAAGGUCAUUGACUCCAUGGAUGCGGCUCAGUCUCUCAAAGGCUGCACCGUUAUCAAAGGCAACCUACAUAUCAACAUCCGCAGAGGCCGUAAGUACCGCAGUGUACCACAGCAGCCCCACUCUGAGUAUCCUCCGAAAAACACUGAGAAGUUUCUUGAUUUUGAUAAAGCCCGUCGGCCACAUACUGUUGAAGCUGGUCACGAAAAGGAGCCAGAUUGUGUCACAUUGGGACACCCUCUGGAGACUCCAGAAAAAAACAUGGUGGCGGAGCUGGAGAGUUUCACCGGUCUGAUCCAGAAGGUGACGGGUUACGUUCGGAUCACGCACUCGCACACCCUGAGCUCCCUGGCCUUCCUCCGGAGCCUCAGAUACAUCUAUGGAGAAAAGCUUCUGGAAGACAUGUAUGCCUUCUCAGCGUAUGACAACCAGCAACUCCAGUACCUUUGGGACUGGAAGCAGCACAAUCUCACCAUAAGAAACGGAAAGCUGUUCUUCAGGGCCAACCCGAAGCUCUGCGUGUCCGAGAUCCACAAGAUGUGGGACAAGACGGGCAUCAGGGGCCGCUUCGAUGAGACGGACUUCCGCAACAACGGCGACAGAGCCAGCUGUAAGGGUGAGAGCACCAUCCUGCAGUUCAAGACCAACAGCACCAGCAGCACAAGGAUCAAGCUGACAUGGCAGCGCUACCGACCCCCCGACUACAGAGACCUCAUCAGCUUUAUCGUCUACUACAAGGAGGCGCCAUUCCAGAACAUCACAGAGUUCGAGGGCCAGGAUGGCUGCGGCUCAAACAGCUGGAACAUGGUGGACGUGGAGCUGAGUCCGGACAGAGACUUGGACCCUGGAGUCCUGCUCUCGGGCUUGAAACCUUGGACGCAGUACGCCAUCUUUGUCAAAGCUAUCACACUCAUGGUGGAAGACAAACAUAUGCCCGGCGCAAAAAGCAAAGUGGUGUACAUCCGCACCACCGCCUCAGCGCCCUCCAUGCCUCAGGAUGUGCGAGCGUACUCCAACUCCUCAACUCAGCUGGUGGUACGCUGGUCACCCCCCAUCUCACCCAACGGCAACCAGACUUAUUACUUAGUGAGAUGGCAGCAACAAGCUGAAGACCGAGAGCUUUACCAGCACAACUACUGCUCCAAAGAGCUGAAAAUCCCCAGAAGGAUCGCUGCCGUUGGUGUUGGAGACCAAGAGGAGGACACAAAGCCCACCAAACCCGAUUCUGACGGGGCAGAUAAGGGCCCCUGUUGCCCAUGCCCCAAAUCGGUGGAGGACCUGGAGGCUGAAGCCGCUGAUGCCUCCUACAGAAAAGUCUUUGAAAACUUUCUGCACAACUCCAUUUUUACCCCGAGGCCGGACCGGCGGCGCAGAGAUCUUUUCGGCGUGGCCAACUCCACCCAGCGCCACCGCCAGCACGCCAACAGCAGCGCCGCCCCCCCGCUCCAGGGCACCAACGCCAACGGCACGGCCGCCGACCAGGAGCCGGCCGACCGAGAGUUCCACUUUCUGGAGCAGUCGGUGAUGGAGCGCGAGCUGCAGAUCUCCGGGCUGAAGCCCUUCACCGUCUACCGCAUCGACAUCCACGCGUGCAACCGGCAGGUGUGGCGCUGCAGCGCGGCCGAGUUCGUCUUCUCCAGGACCAAACCCGCAGGUCAGAACACGACGAGCGGACGAGCGAGGGGCAGCCGACGGGUCGGCGCAGACAGCGUUCGCCACAAGGCCGACGACAUCCCCGGGCCGGUGACCUGGGAGGGCCACGAGGACUGGGUGUUCCUGCGCUGGCCACAGCCGCCCCACCCCAACGGGCUCAUCCUCAUGUACGAGAUCAAGUUCAAACUGGCCGCUGAGACUGAGAAGCACGAGUGCGUAUCGAGGCAGACUUAUCGGACCCAGCAUGGCGUUCGGCUGGCCAACCUCAGUCCAGGAAACUACUCGGUCAGAGUGAGGGCCACGUCGCUGGCGGGCAACGGAUCCUGGACGCACACCGUGGAUCUCUACGUGGCCGAAAGAUACGAAAAUGUCCUCUACGUGAUGAUCUUCGUUCCCAUCGCCAUCGUCAUCCUAAUCUGCUUUCUGGUCGCCAUGCUGGUCAUUGUCAACAAGAAGAGGAACAGCGACAGGCUUGGAAACGGAGUCCUGUAUGCCUCAGUCAAUCCAGAAUACUUCAGCGCUGCAGAAAUGUAUGUACCUGAUGAGUGGGAGGUUGCUCGGGAGAAGAUCUCCCUGAGCCGGGAACUGGGCCAGGGGUCCUUCGGCAUGGUGUACGAGGGCAUGGCGAAGGGCGUGGUCAAAGACGAGCCGGAGACGCGCGUCGCCAUCAAGACCGUCAACGAGUCGGCCAGCAUGAGGGAGCGGAUCGAGUUUCUAAACGAAGCCUCCGUCAUGAAGGAGUUUAACUGCCACCAUGUGGUUCGUCUCCUGGGAGUGGUCUCUCAGGGCCAGCCCACCUUGGUCAUCAUGGAGCUGAUGACCAGAGGAGACCUGAAGAGUUACUUGCGCUCACUGCGGCCUAAAGAGGUAAGCGGAUGGUUGUCCUGCACUUCGCAGAAAGCAGGGGCGGAACAACAUUUCAGACAGGAAGUAUGA